CAACAGGAUGCUUAAAUAUAAUAUUGUAUUCCUUACAUGUCUCACAUUCUGUUUCAGCUGUGAAGUGUGUGUUGGCCAGGCCUUUAGUACUUUAAAGUGGGCUGUAAACCUACCAUGGAUGUAUUUCUUUGUAGUGAACUUGUAGAACAUAUUUCAAGGUUCAUUCAUGACGCCUCAGUUAAGCAUAAAUAAUGAACCAUUUUCUGUACUGUUUUCCCACUUAGUGGACCAGAAUGUUUUAUAUGUUUCUAUUGUAUGAUUUUGAGUGGUCUUCCUUUUCAUAUUUGUUCUAGUCCAGUGAUCCCUCCUAGCAAAGGUGGAGAUGUUUCUAUGGUUCUACCCCCUGAGAUAGGUCCAGCAGCAGCACAUGCAGAAGGAAGUGGUGGAUUGUUGGGGUGGGUGAAAGGUGCAGUUGGGAGUGGUGGUCUUCUUUCAAAAGUAGCAGAGAAAGCGAAAAAUUCAGUGGACUCCAUGAUAACAACACUCGAUCCUCAGAUGAGAGAGUUUUUGUAUUCUGGAGGUGAUGUGGAUGUUGUAGUUGCUUCAGACAAGGAGGUGAAAUUGAGCCCUGUUCGUGAAGCUUUCCAAGCUGUGUUUGGUAAAGCAACAGUUUCAGGUUUGGCUGCACAGGCUACAAUGAUUGCGGCCCAACCUGUUGGAUUUGCAGCAGGUGUUAAGGCAGCGGAAGAGAGGAUAUUAGCAUUACAAUCCACUGGGAAACUUCAUCCAAAACAGCCUAUUGUUGCUAUAGAAAAUUUCCUUGUUGAAGUUGAAGAAAACAAGUGGUAUGAUGUAGGGGUAUUAAUGCUCAAAGACCCUGACCGAGAAAUAAAUCUGCACACAUUUACUCAGCUCACCCCAGUGCCUGCUGCUGUUGUUGCUCUGGCUCAGGAGGACACUCCUAAUGAUUAUCCUCUUCGGUGGUCAGGUUUGGCAGUUACCAUUGGUAGCCUCAUGGCUAGUAAUUUGCAGGUUCAUCAUUCAGAAUGGCAUCAAGCCCUGACUGGGGUUUCCAGGAGAGAGAUGCUUUUGAUAGCAGCCAAAGUAUUAGCAGGGUUGUACAAGAACAGUAUAGGUGGGAACAUCAUUUGAACAAACAGUUUUAAUUUAUGUGAUACUGUACCUUUUUAUUACAAGUGUACACAGAGUGGUUGCAGGUACAGUAAUUUGGCAGAUCUGUAUUGCUUCUAUUAGGAAAUAUGACCUACUGUAACUAGCAGUAAAUAUAUUAUGAGUAGCUUAAAAAAUUCUUACUAUUCCAGGUAUCAUGUUAUAGUUUCUAAAAUUUAGUAUGCAGUAACACACUGAUAAUUUGAAAUAGUAGUGACCAGAAUUAUUUCCUGCAGGUUCAAGGGACUGUUGUAUUUGAUUAUUUAUGAGGGCAUUCUCUAAACCAAUGGUAAUGUUGAUAAUCAAGAAAUUCCCAUAUCACCACAUGGAACAGUGAAACAUAAAAUUAAACAUCUUUUUACAAAUAUGUAUUGCUGUAAAGUGAUAUCUUCCUAAAUGAUACCAAAUUGCAGGUAUUUAAUUUCUAGGAUUACUUUAAAUAUUUCUAAGAAGAGCUGUAUUUUUUAGUGACACAAGUUCUAUGAUUAAUUUGGUGGUUUUCCUACUGGCUUCUUUCCAUGCAUGAUAAUUUCCAAAUUUCUCCUUAGUAAUGUAUUCAGAUUCUUUAUCAUACGUCUAAACCGUCGUCUCCCUAGUGUGUCUUGAAAUUUUCUAAUGUUCAGCUUUUCUUAUUGUGGAAUUUAUGAUUCUGUUUUAUGUCCUUUUGCUUUAUGCAUGUAAAUAUAAGAAGUGUCAUUUCCAUUGUUUUGAUUUUUCUGCACACUAAUCCAUCAGAUUAUAUUUAAAUUUGAAAAUA